UGCUGGGAACUUGAGUCAGUGACAGUGCUGAGCCGGCUGCAGUGAGAGGACCAAAGCACCCACAAUUAACAAGCUGAUAGGGUGUCAUUUCUCACUGACUACAGCUCUGCAGGACGACUCAUCAUAGGUGCUCUGUGACUGGCUGAACCCUGGUGCACCUUACUAAGGGCAAACACUCUAAGGGCACCAUGACUUUUGCUUGGCUAUCUGUACUGCUGGGAAGUGUGGUGUGGCUCCCUGGGGCCAGAAGCUUGCAAAAUGGGCUAGCACUGACACCUCCUAUGGGAUGGCUCCACUGGGAGAGGUUUCUGUGUGAAACCAAUUGUGAGAGGAACCCCAAGAACUGUAUAAGUGAGCGUCUUUUCAUGGACAUGGCUGACCAGAUGGUUUCUGAAGGCUGGCUGGAUGCAGGGUACCGAUACUUGUGUAUUGAUGACUGCUGGUUGGAUCGAGAAAGAGAUGAAAACAACAGGCUACAAGCUGACCCUGUGCGGUUCCCAGGGGGUAUUAAGAAGCUAGCUGACUAUGUUCAUUCCCGUGGAUUACUUCUGGGUAUUUAUCAAGAUGUGGGAACUAAAACCUGUGAAGGCUUUCCAGGAAGCCAAGGUUAUUAUGACCUGGAUGCACAGACCUUCGCUGAAUGGGAGGUGGAUCUGCUGAAAUUUGACGGUUGCAACUAUGGGACUCUGGACCAACUGGAGGAUGGAUAUCGCCAAAUGUCUGUGGCUUUGAAUCGCACUGGGAGAAAGAUAGUGUUUUCAUGUGAAUGGCCUUUGUACGAACGGGGUAUAAAGAAGAUCAAUUACACUGAAGUGGCCGAAUACUGCAAUUCUUGGAGGAAUUUUGGUGACAUCUCAGACUCCUGGGGGAGUGUAAAGGCUGUGAUGACCUUAAGCUCUGCUGUGCAGGAGGAACUUGUUCCUGUGGCUGGUCCUGGUUCAUGGAAUGACCCAGACAUGCUGGUGAUUGGUAAUUUUGGCUUGAGCUGGAACCAGCAAGUCACACAGAUGGCUCUCUGGGCCAUUAUGGCUGCCCCUCUCAUGAUGUCCAAUGAUCUGAGAGAUAUUUCUGCUGAGUCCAAAGCUCUUCUCCAGGAUAAACAUGUGAUCUCCAUUAACCAAGAUCCUCUUGGAGCACAAGGAUACAGAGUUUUCAAGGCUGAUAAUUUUGAAGUGUGGGAGAAGCCUCUCAUCAAAGGAUCUCUGGCUGUUUCUGUGACCAAUUUCUAUGAGAUAGGCAGCCCUAGAAAUUUCCUGUUGUCCCUGUCUUUGCUGUGGAAAAAAAGAGUUUGCCGGAACAGUUGCUUUAUUACUCGCCUUCUGCCUUCCUACCAUAAGUAUGGGCAUCUGAAUGACAAUUCCCUGCUGUCACUGUGGAUAAAUCCCUCAGGAACCAUAUUGCUUAGGAUGGACUGAGAUGAAGGUUAUAUUUUUGAGGCCUUAACACUGUCAUUGCAAGAUAGCGAUAAAAGAAACCAGUGUUUUAACACUUAAAAA